GCAACAUGGACGUCCUCCUCGAGUGCCAAGCGCCGUACUGCGACUGGAUCCUCGCGGGCCGCAAGACGGUCGAGACGCGCCGGUACCCGUGUCCCGACCACCUCAUUGGCCAGCGCAUCUGGCUCCUUGAGUCGCCCGCAGGCUCGGUGCGGCAGUCGGCCGUGCCGGACCAAGUCGACCUGACGACGACGCCCGGUCUGCGCAUCGUGGGCCACAUCAUCGUCGCCGCCUCCGUGCGCUACACGUCGCAGGCGCAUUGGGACGCAGAUGCGUCGCGUCAUUGCGUCCCGGCGUCGUCGGGCUACGAGUGGUCGCCGGACGUCGACGUCUACGGCUGGGAGCUCUCGGCCGCGGUCGCGACGACGACGGCGCCGCCGAUCUCGACCAUUGCCCGCGCGUACCGGUCCUUCUUCCUCCCCGUGCUGCACGUUCCGACCGUCGACAUCUCGGACCCGACGUCGCCCGACGUGCUCGACGCGAUCCGCGCGCAGUGCGCGACGCUCGGCUUCCUCCGCGUCACGUGGAAGAACUUUCCCGUCGACGUCGUCCGAGAGGCCCAUGACGCCACGCGCGCGUUCUUCGCGCUCUCGGAUGCAGAGAAAGCCACGGCCUCGAAGGCUGCGACCCAAAAGACCAACGCGUCGUUCUGCAGCACGGGCUUCCGCGGCAACACGAGUGCGUACAACGCCGGCGGCCGCGAGUCGUGGUCGUGCGUCCGGCCCGACUUUGACCCGAGCGCGCCGCCGCGAGGCGCGUACUACGCCAACCCGACGCACUUUGCGCAGGCGCCGGACCCGCAGGUGCCGUGGCCCGCGCCGGCCAUCGCGCCAACGUUCCGCCCGGCGGUGACGGCCUACUACGCGACCGUGGACGACUUGGCGCAAAAGCUGCUGCGCAUGUUUGGGCAAAUUCUGGAGCUCGAGGACCCUGAGUCGCUCACAAAGCUCUCGAAAGACCACGCGAGCAGCCUCAACCUCACGAGUCUCCGCUUCGAAGACGACAGCAACGUGGCUGCGAACGCGAUUUUGCCGGCGCACGGUGACGUCACGAGCGUCACGAUCUUGUCCCAUGACGCGUCCGACGGGGCGAGCGGGACGGCCUGCCUCCAGGUGCUCAACCCGACGUACGACGCGCACGAGCCGCAUAGUUUGCGCUGGAUUGCGCUGGCGGACGCAGCGCCCGACGCGCCGCCGUCGUUCCUCGUGAACCUCGGACAGAUCAUGGAGCGCUGGUCCAACGGCCGGCUCAAGGCGACGCUGCACCGCAUCGCGCGGCCCGUGCACCCUUCGAUUCUGCGCCGCCGCCAAGCGAUCGUGUUCUUUUGCGUGACCAACUACGACGCAGAGCUGCGACCAUUGGUGGGCGACACCAACACGUACACGCCUGAGCGCAUGGCCGCGUACGCAAAUGCGCGCCUCGGGCCGUUCCACGACGCGUCCAAGAGCCUUCUGGAAGCCUACGCGAUCUACAACAAAGAUAUCAUCGCGCCGGACGCGUACAUUGCCCUGGCGCAAUAACGUAGAAACCGAUCAACGAACCGCCG